CAUUGGAGGCGGGGCUACGUGACAGUGUUCACGCUAAUGAUGCGGGCUGCUGCUUUGACUGUCAAUGAAGCUGGAGCUUUCAGAAGACGUACACAGAAGAACAGUAGAAGACAGACAUCAAAACCAUCAAAAUGAUUAUCAUAAUUGAGGAUAAGCCUGCCUUCGACAAUGCUCUGAAAAAUGCCGGGGACAAGUUGGUGGUGGUGGACUUCACAGCCACAUGGUGUGGGCCCUGCCAGAACAUCGGUCCAGUCUUUAAAGAGCUGUCUGAAAAACAAGAGAACAGUAAUGUCGUGUUUCUAAAAGUGGAUGUGGAUGAUGCACAGGAUGUGGCCACUUUCUGUGACGUCAAAUGUAUGCCAACAUUCCAUUUCUACAAGAAUGGAAAGAAGAUUGAUGAAUUUUCUGGAUCAAAUAAAGCUAAGCUGGAGGAGAUGCUCAAUAAGCAUAAAUGAGAAAAACAUACAAACCAACCACUGUAAUAUAAUAUCUGUGUAUCUAAUAUACACAGAAAAAAACAUCAUUCUCAACCUCUAACUCAUUCUAAUUUUGUCUGUUUCAUUUAUAUCCUGUUUUAUUUUAGAUUAUAUACAGACACAGAAGUAAGACUUUUUGUUAAAUAUUUUGGCCCUCUAUAAUGGCUAUCUCUAAUGUAUUUUAUGUUGGGUUUGUAUGAAAUUAAUACUUUAAAGGAAAUGAAAAGUUGACUUUUACAGCGUUCUUGUAUUGUGCCGGUUGCAUCAAAUUGUUAACAUGAAAUGUUUAUUAGUUAUAUGAGACAAGCAAGUAGAACAAUCUGAAAGUUUAAUUGAGAAUUCUUCAUAAUUAACUGUGGGAAUGAGAAUUACAGUUGGUUUUCAUAUAGUUGUGUGUUCUGUUUUAAUAAAAACAUGAAAAGAAUAGUUUAUAUACAUGUA